GGCGACGGCCAACACGAUUGUCGCGAUUGGCUCCCGAGCUGACGCCGCGCAUCCGCCAAGUGCUGUGAUACCCCGACCACUGCGCCGACACCAUGAAGAGCUGCACCGUCCUGGCCGUCGUCGGCGUGGUCGCCAGCCUGGCCGUCCUGGCGCAGGCCGACAAGAAGGGCGAGCUCAUGCCGCGGUACAUCAAGCACACCCUGGACUGCGUCAAGGAGCUCAAAAUUGACACCGCCGUGUGCAAAGAGAUGAUGAAGGAGGGCAACGACAACUCCCAGGCCAAGUACGAUCCCUGCAAGUGUGUCGUGGCCUGCGUCGCCAAGAAGGCCAAAGUCAUGACCGACGCCGGGGAAGCCGACAUGGAAAAGUUCACCGCGGCCGUCGACGAGUUCGAGAUCAAGGAGUGGUCCGCCGAGUGGGUGCGAGUGAAGCCCAUCUGCGAGCCCGCAAUCAAGGGGAAGAAGGAUUGUGUGCUGGGCUACGACUUCUUCACAUGCGGCUACAAGGAGUCUGAGAUCUUCCGCGACGUGAUCAAGAAGUUCAUGGGUGCCAUGGACGGCAGCAGCUAAGCCGCCACUUGCCGAGCGGAAUCGACACUCAUCCUCUUCAGCGGCACAGACGGCGUGGGUUACGAAUGGGGCUUCCGACCAGAGACUUCACCAAAAAUACCGAUACCUAAUUUAAACUACUGUUCCUUCAUGAUGGCUUGUGACUAUGUGUAAUUUAUUGAAAAUAAUAAUUUGUUUAACUCGUA